AUUCAGUGGUUAGCUAGUGAGGCCUGGAUCACAGCAGCAAUUCUCUCCACUCCUGAAUUCCACUCUGUUCUACAAGGCUCUUUGGGCUAUGCCAUCCGCAGAGCUGAUAUACCUGGCCUUCAGCCUUUCCUGCUACGCCUACAUCCAUCCAAAUACCCACAGGAUCCAUUUGUUGAGCAGUUUUGGGAGGAGAUGUUUAAGUGCUCUUUAGGCACAAUCAACAUGAGCUCUUCUAUUAGACCCUCCUGUGAUGGCUCAGAGGUACUGGUUAACAUAAAUAACAUCUACUCAGAUGUAUCUCAGCUCAGAAUCUCCUAUAAUGUUUAUAAGGCAGUGUAUGCCAUUGCACAUGCUCUGGAUUUAAUGCUGCGCUGUGAACCAGGUAAAGGACCUUUUGCUGGGGACUGCCCAAAUUUCAGCAGUAUGCAGCCAUGGCAGCUGCUUGAUUAUUUAAAGCAUGUUCACUUUACUAAUGACUUUGGCGAGGACACUAAGUUUGAUAUCAAUGGAGAUCCUGUGGCCAUGUAUGAUCUUAUCAACUGGCAGCUCAGUGGCAAACGAGAGGUGCAGUAUGCCACUGUGGGGAGAUAUGAUGAAACAAUGAAGCCUAAACUAGUGAUUGAAGAGAAAAACAUAAUCUGGAGUGAAACCCAGAAACAAGUCCCUUUGUCUGUCUGCAGCACAAGCUGUCCUCCAGGCACUAGACAGGCUACCAGGCCAAACUUUCCUAUCUGCUGUUUUGACUGCAUUGUCUGUGCAGCUGGUGAAAUUACCAACCAUACAGAUGCCUUAGAGUGUGUUAAAUGCUCUCCUGAGUUCUGGUCCAACACUAGAAGAGACACCUGCAUCCCAAAGGUGGUGGAGUUCCUUUCCUACAACGAUACCAUGGGCAUCACUUUGCUUGCUGUAGCUUUGCUGGGAUCCUGUUUUACACUUGCAGUUACUCUAAUUUUUGCCCUUAAACGGCACACACCUCUAGUCAGAGCUAACAACUCUGAAAUCAGCUUCCUUAUUCUUAGCUCACUGUUGCUUUGUUUUUUGUGCGCACUAGCUUUUAUUGGGAGGCCUACAACCUGGUCUUGUGGGCUUCGCCACACUGCAUUUGGCAUUGCAUUUUCACUCUGUCUGUCUUGCGUCCUGGGAAAAACUUUGGUUGUACUCAUGGCUUUCAAAGCCUCUUUACCUGGCAGUAAUGUAAUGAAAUGGUUUGGCCCUCUGCAGCAACGUGGCAUUAUUUUUAUGUGCACGGCUGUGCAAGUGGUGAUUUGCUGCACAUGGCUCAGUGUGGCACCUCCCAUACCACAUAAGCUUAUGACUCAUGAAACUGCCCGGAUUAUUCUUUUGUGUGAUGUAGGCUCUUCAUUUGCAUUCUCUCUGGUACUGGGCUAUAUUGGUCUACUUGCAGCUGUCUGCUUCUUGCUGGCCUUCUUUGCUCGAAAGCUCCCAGAUAAUUUCAAUGAGGCAAAAUUCAUUACUUUCAGCAUGCUGAUCUUCUGUGCUGUGUGGGUUGCAUUUGUGCCAGCAUAUAUCAGCUCACCUGGGAAAUACACAGUGGCUGUGGAGAUUUUUGCUAUUCUGGCAUCCAGUUAUGGCCUGCUGUUGUGUAUCUUUACUCCAAAGUGUUACAUAAUCCUGCUUAAACCUGAAAAAAACACAAAGAGAUAUGUAAUGUCCAAAUCUAACUCUUGA